GCCCUGAGCAGCCUCUAUCUCACAGCCUCCUCCACCAUGAAGGCCAUUGGGGCUCUCCUCCUGCUCUGCAUGGUGACCUUCUUCUGCAGCAGCUCAGAAGCUGCUAGUCUGCCUUUAACGACUGUGGACUGCGACAUUUACAAGAAGUACCCAGUGGUGGCUAUCCCCUGCCCCAUUACCUACAUGCCUGUCUGUGGUUCCAACUACAUCACCUAUGGAAACAAAUGCCUGUUGUGUACUGAGAGCUUGAAAAGUUAUGGAAGGGUUCAGCUUCUUCAUGAAGGAAGGUGUUAACUCCUCUGUAGAUGUGGGUGUGGAGCGAUGAUAUCCUCAGCAUCAUCUUCAUCGUCCUUGGGCUCUGACGACCUUCUCCCUCAACAUGGCAGAGAUUCAGAGGUGGAGGGCAGGGAUGGAGUCAUCUGCGGGGGGACAGAGUGGAGAAAGCUGUGUUUUCCUUCAAACUCGUACCUUACUGAC